AUGAAUAAUUCAACAGGCUGUUCGGCCAGUGCCACGGUUUGCAAUGGGUCAUCCUGUGUGCUGACUGAGAGCAAUUUUAAUAACAUCCUCAGCGUGGUCCUGAGCACUGUCUUGACCAUCCUCUUGGCCAUGGUGAUGUUCUCCAUGGGAUGCAAUGUGGAAAUCAAGAAAUUCCUAGGACACGUAAAGCGGCCGUGGGGCAUAUGCGUUGGCUUCCUCUGUCAGUUUGGAAUCAUGCCCCUCACGGGAUUCAUCCUGUCAGUGGCCUUUGACAUCCUUCCUGUCCAAGCUGUAGUGGUACUCAUCAUGGGAUGUUGUCCCGGAGGAACCGCCUCCAAUAUCUUGGCCUACUGGGUCGAUGGCGACAUGGACUUGAGCAUCAGUAUGACCACAUGCUCCACGCUGCUUGCCCUGGGAAUGAUGCCGCUGUGCCUCUUUAUCUAUACCAAAAUGUGGGUCGACUCUGGGACCAUCAUAAUUCCCUUUGAUAACAUAGGUACGUCUUUGGUCGCUCUUGUUGUUCCCGUUUCCAUUGGAAUAUUUGUUAACCACAAAUGGCCCCACAAAGCCAAGAUCAUUCUUAAGAUCGGGUCCAUCACAGGUGCAAUCCUUAUCGUGCUCAUAGCUGUCGUUGGAGGCAUUCUAUACCAGAGCGCCUGGACCAUCGCUCCCAAACUGUGGAUCAUAGGGAUGUUAUUUCCUUUGGCUGGUUACUCCCUAGGGUUUUUACUGGCUAGAAUAGCUGGUCAGUCCUGGCACAGGUGCCGAACAGUUGCUUUGGAAACGGGGAUGCAGAACACUCAGCUGUGCUCCACUAUUGUGCAGCUCUCCUUCACCCAGGAGGAGCUCAACGUCGUGUUCACUUUCCCGCUCAUCUACAGCAUUUUCCAGCUCGCCUUUGCGGGAAUCUUCCUAGGCAUUUAUGUGGCAUACAAGAAAUGUCAUGGAAAGAACGACAUGGAAUUUCCAGAAAGCAAAGACAUCGAAACAGUCUCUGGGUCAUCGUUCUCAAAGGUGAACGGAGGAUUUCAGCCAGAUAACAAGUAG